AUGCGCCGGCGGCGGGCGGCCGUGGCUGCGGGCUUGUGCGCCGCGUUCCUGCUCGGCUCGCUGCUCAACGCGCUGUUCGCGCCGGGCUCGGAGCCGCCGGCCCGGCCCGCGCGGUCCUCGGCCCCCGCGUCCUCCGCGUCCUCCGCGUCCGCCGCGCCCCCCGCGCCCGGCCCGGGCCUCGGCCGCGGCCUCGGCGGGGAGCUGGCGCGGCAGAUCCGGGCGCGCCUGGACGAGGUGCGGCGCCUGGCGCGCGUGGGCCCGGGGCGCGGGCUGGGGCGCGGGCUGGGGCUCGGGCUCGGGCGGCCCCCCGAGCGGCGGCGCCUCAUGGACCUGGACCUGGACCUGGAGCUGGACCUGGAGCCGGCGCCGGAGCCCCAGUCGGAGCCGGAGCCCGAGCCCGAGCCGGAGCCGGAGCCCCAGUCGGAGCCGGAGCCCGAGCCCGAGCCGGAGCCCCAGUCGGAGCCGGAGCCCGAGCCCGAGCCGGAGCCGCGGCCGCCGCUGCUGGGCUGCGCCGCGCUGCGCCGCUUGUCCGCGGACGCGCGCUACGUGGGCUCGGGCUACACCAAGGCCGUGUACCGGGCGCGCCUGGCGGGCGGCGCGGCCGUGGCGCUCAAGGCCGUGGACCUGGGCGGCCACGACCUGGGCAGCUGCGUGCGCGACUUCGGGGCCCGCCGCGCCUGCUACCGCCUGGCCGCGCACAAGCUGCUCAAGGAGAUGGUGCUGCUGCGGCGCCUGCGACACCCCAACGUGCUGCAGCUCUACGGCUACUGCUACCAGGAUAGCGAGGGCAUCCCGGACACGCUGACCACCAUCACUGAGCUGGGCACGCCCGUGGACAUGAUCCAGCUGCUGCAGACGGCCUGGGAGGACCGAUUUCGGAUCUGCCUGAGCCUGGGCCGGCUGCUGAACCACCUGGCCCACUCGCCCCUGGGCUCCGUCACACUGCUGGACUUCCGGCCACGGCAGUUUGUGCUGGUGAACGGGGAGCUCAAGGUCACCGACCUGGACGACGCGCGCGUGGACGAGACGCAGUGCGCCAGCCACGCCGACUGCACCCUCGAGUUCCCCGCCAGGAACUUCAGCCUGGCCUGCUCGGCCCAGGGCCUCUGCGAGGGCAUGAACGAGAAACGCAACCUCUACAAUGCCUACAGGUUCUUCUUCACGUACCUGCUGCCACACAGUGCCCCGCCCGCACUCCGGCCCCUGCUGGACGAGAUCGUCAAUGCCACAGGAGAGCUGGCCUGGGACGCGGCCGAGACGCUGGCGCAGCUGGAGAAGGUGCUGCACCUGUACCGCAGUGGCCAGUACCUGCACGACCUCUCUCAGCCCCGGCCCCACGAGUACCGGCGCCUGGACCGCAGCUCCGUGCCGCACGAGGACUUCCGCUGCUGGCCGUCCUACCAGCACGAUGGCUGCCUCCUGUCCGUCUUCAACCUGGCCGAGGCCCAGCGCGUCUGUGACAGUCACGCCCAGUGCCGUGCCUUCGUGCUCACCGACCAGACUACCUGGACCGGCCGGCAGCUGGUGUUCUUCAAGACGGGCUGGAGCCACGUGGUGCCCGACGCCAACAGGACCACGUACGUGCGGGCCGCGGGCUGACCUGACCGGGGCGUGCGUGCAGCAGACACCUGGGCACUUGAGGCCCAGGACAAGGUGCAAUAAGCCAAUGUGAAAUGUGAGUCGCCCGGGCGGGCGUGUGGCAUCCUGCGAGCCUGGUGCCGGCCGUGCCCGGAGCGGCCUCGGAGAAUGUAGCUGGGCCCUGCAGCCGCCACACGGACACGCGGGGCCUGAGCCUGAGCCGCCGAAACCGGCGCGUCUGAGCCAGGAGCCGGGUGGUGGCUGUGUUGCCUCAUUUGCUUUCAGUGAAAGCGGGCGCUGCCCCCGACUGUACCCCCGAGAUUUUGUACUUCCUGUUCGUUAAAUGUUUAUUUUUGUAUAAAAAUAA